CACAGAUGGCGCCGUAUGAUGUUGCUGUCAAAACUUCAAUAAAAGCUAUAUCCGAACCAAAUUCCAAACACUGCACGACGCAGGGAUUCCUCUGUUUCUAACAAAAUCUUCCUUAACCACCAAACCCUAAAAACCUCAAUUUCUGCAAAAUCCCAACCGACCUGGUGAUUCAAAACCUCAAAAAUGGCCCUAAAAACGAAUCUAUUUUUUCCAAACACAAUUCUUCAACGUCCGAAAUCCUACUGUUGUCCCUCCCCCACUACAACCCAUUUCAGAACCCGAAUCCUAUGCACCCACAAAAAAAUCAGAAGUGAUGCUGAUCUUGCAUCAGACCUGGCAUCAGAAGUAGCAAAAAUAAACAUCCAUUUGGUGCAACGAGAAGAGGCCAUGAAGAAAAGCAGAGAACUACUUUUCGCUGAGCUUUGCAAGUACUUGGCUUUGGAUAAAGAGGAAGCGAAGAGGAAAUGGAGUAAAAUGGAUCAAGAGGAGAAAAGGGUUUUGAUUAAAGGGUUUGUUGAUGAAUGGGGUGUCAGUUUUCACCCUUUAUCUGCUAGGUCUGUCAAGGAAAUGAUUGAAGAGUACUUACAUGAAAGGAAGCCACCUUCACAUUCUUCUGGUUCCAUGCUGUUUCCAGGUUUGAAGAGGAUAAUGGGGUUUUCUCAAUAAGUUCAAACGUGUAAGAUAUGUCAUGUAGGGAUAGAAACUUAAUCGGAAUGGCUGGUUUGUUGUUUGUUGUUAAGUGGUGGAUAUUGCUGACAAUCGGAUUUGGCUUCUUUUUUACUAGUAAAGUUUGAUAAAUUCACAGGAAAAGAUGAUUGAUCAGUGAAUGCUUUUAUUAAUGUGUAUGAUAAUUUGUUUCCCCU